GAAGAGCAAACCAAAAUGGAGGGCAGUUCUAUACUCCAUGCUUUCACUAACAUUUAUUUUGCCAUUUUUGCUUUAUUUUGCUUCAAGCUUUUAAUUAAGAUUUCCUUGGCUUUGUUGACCCAUUUCUAUAUUGUUAAAGGCAACAGAAAAGAGGCUGCCAGGAUAGCAGAAGAGAUCUAUGGAAUAGUCCCAGGCAGCUGGGCAGACCGAUCCCCUCUUCAUGACGCUGCCUUCCAAGGACGCCUCCUGUCUUUGAAAACCUUGAUUGCACAGGGUUUCAACGUGAACCUGGUGACGACAGACCGUGUGUCGGCUCUCCAUGAGGCCUGCCUGGGUGGCCACGUUGCCUGCGCGAAGGUGCUGCUGGAGAACGGCGCUCAGGUCAACGCUGUCACCAUUGAUGGGAUCACUCCUCUGUUUAAUGCCUGCUGUAGUGGCAGUGUGGCCUGUGUCAACAUGCUGCUCGAAUUCGGAGCCAAGCCACAGCUCAGCAACCACCUUGCAUCGCCCAUUCACGAAGCAGUCAAGAGAGGUCACAGGGAGUGCAUGGAGAUCCUUUUGGCCCAUGAGGUUGACAUUGACCAAGAAGACCUUCAGCAUGGGACCCCGCUCUAUGUGGCUUGCACAUACCAGAGGACAGACUGUGUCAAGAAGCUUUUGGAGCUAGGAGCCAAUGUUAACAUGGGGAAGCGAUUAGACACCCCCCUCCAUGCAGCAGCAAGGAAAUCCAGCACGGAGGUAGUCAUCUUGCUGACAGACUAUGGUGCUAACCCAAAAUGCAGAAAUGCUGAAUUCAAAUGUGCCCUGGAUCUUGCAGUACCCAACAGCAAAGUGGAGCAGGUGCUUCUGCUUCGGGAAGGUCCUGCCAGCCUUGCCCAGCUGUGCCGGUUGUGUAUCAGAAAGCAUCUGGGUCGGUCAUGCCUAUAUGCAAUCCACAAGCUGCACCUGCCUGAGCCACUUGAGAACUUUCUCCUUUAUCGAUAAGUCUGUGACUAUCUUUAUGCUGGAAAAGAAAGAGGAACAAAUGGUUGUUUACUCCAAAAAUAUUAUAUCAAAGAAAAAAAUCAAAGACCUCAUUUACUGUCUACUGUGGAUAACAAACAUUAGCUGCUACGUGAUAGUGAAAAUCCAAAACACCUUUUCACAGUGAAUGAUAUUAUGGAUACAGUUCCUUCACAGUCUAUUGCCACAUCCACUUAACACCAGCCUGAGAAGUUGUAGUACAUGAAUAGCUCACUUGACAUGUUUGUAGAUGCACACAUUCACCCACUCACCCACAGAGAUUUCCCCUGUAUUUAGUGUUAUAUUUAUUCAUGUAGUAUCUCUGCAGCUUUUCCUCUUGUCUAUCUAAUCUCACUGUCAAAAUGAAUGUAGUGGCUGCUAUUCUAACACUAGUGUGAGAAUGAAAGCCUUCAGUGCCCCACAUCAGUUGUAUAUAAUAUAUUGCACAUAUUUUGUCAGCUUUGACUUUGCAUCCUGCCAUCUCUUUCCUAUAGUCUGGUGGAGUUGUAGCAAUUUCCAGCAGGCUCUGACUGUGUAGCCACUGUGUGUCCCCUUGCCCUGAACCCAGCUGCCCUUAAUGCUAACACCCUUUGUCAUCCGAGGUGCAAGUGAUGUUACCAAAGCAGGUGCAGGGGUUUGGCCCAAGCCCACAAAAAUGUGUGAAAGUCUAAAAAACCAUUAAUCACUUCUAAAAAAAUCUUUCCUAAGCUAUAUCACUUGAGAUCUGGCUAUGUUCAUUAUGUAAAUAAAUUUUCUUAGCUUAAUUCCAGUACAGAACUGCAAAUGUUUUCAUAGGUACAGUAGACCAGCUUUCAGUGUUUGUCCUUUGCAAGGUUUAAAGAAAAGCAAAGGAAUAAGGUGCUGCUCUUUGGACUUUGUAUGCUUUGACAUUUCUCUUAAGUCCUUGGACUGUAGAGCAGGAGAGAAGCAGGGCCCCUAAGUAUGGGUGUGCAUCACCCAAAUGUUCUCUUUGUUGGAUGUUGCUUACAGGGGGAGAAGUUUACAGGCUUGUUUGCUCCCUUGUCCCCUACUCUAGAGGCUUUCAUUACCUCCCUGGGAGAAGGGAUUUUUAGAGUGUUAUGACUUUGCCCAUUGUGGUAUUAGUUUAAAUAUCAUCAGGGUUAGUAGCCUGGACACAGCAGAGCUAAAAAUGUUCACCUCUUUGAGCUGAGAAAUGUGGGAUCCAGUGACUGGUGCAAUGCUUGCAUGGAUCUGUAAAGAUCUGUUUAUUUUUCCUGUGGAGGUUGUUCUGAGGUAAGAAAUGUAUUUUCAGAACUGAGUUUUGGUAAAUGUCUGCCACGAGACAAAUGGGAAGUAGAGUUAAAAGGAAAGUCUGUCUCUACUUAGCUCAACUUCUCAGGUCCAAGAGGCUGAUGACUCAUAUUCAAGCUGUGAGAUGUAGUGAUUUCAUUAUGAGCUAUGCAUGCUGGUACCGAUUUUCACUGCCCAUACAUCUUUAGUCAGGAGGAAUUGGCCUGCUGGAGCCUGAAUCCGGGACUGCCUUCCAGCAGCCUUUGAGCUCCUGUCCCUGCUGCAGCAGCAGCAGCUUCUCUGGUUCGAUGCUAAUCCCAUAAUUUCAUCAUGACAGUUCCCCUCUCUGAGGCAUAGGUCUAACGUUUCCCGAACUUUCUUAUGAUUAAUUCAGCACCAGUAAGAUAAAUCAUGCUCCCAGCAGUUCAUGAGACUGGACCUGCAAUGUUAGAGUCAAAAAUUAAUGUAGUUUUCAGCCUGUGUUUGCACAUAUUGAAUGCUAUCUGACGGCAAGAGCUAUUGCCCAUAAAGUUGUCAAUGACAUGAGUGACCUUGUGUAGUACAAUAUAUAAUGAAUCUCAGAUUUCAACUAAAUUCUCAAGAGCCUCUGAAAAUCAAAUACUAUCAAGAAAGAAAUGUCUAUAUUAAUCUGAUGUCAUCAGAUCUCUCUGUUUUAUCUUUACUGCCAGCUCACCUGCUCUGUUUAUAAGGUGGCAGUCAGAAUGCCAUCUGCUAUCUAAAUAGAGACGGAGCCCCAGCUGUGUGGGUUGUCAGAUUUGCAUUGCAAUCAAAGGGCUAGGACAAUUUAUGGGAUCUAUUUCACAAUGUAUAAUACUGAAUUGAUUUUCUACUGCUAUCAUCAAUGAAAGCAGUAUUUCACCUGCAUAAGAAUGUAAAUUGAAAAAAUGUAUCUCCAUUAAGGAAAUACAAAGUCUAUUCAGACUCUCGGAAAGGUUUAUGGUAAGAAGCAGCAGAAGCUGCUCUAUAUUUAUUGCUGAUAUUAGCUUCCAUCAAAAAAUCACCUCACCUUUGCUUCCUCCUGGAGCCAUCAUUCUUCCUGAAAUUCUGUAUAUCAGAGACUCUGGAGGGAGCAGAACCUUAAUAAAUCAGAAGAGAAGCUCACAAGUCCUGGCAUUAAGAAAUUUCAUUAGGAACUUUACCUAGACUUUCUUGCUCUUACCUCAAAAGAUUGUUACCCAUUUAAUUCUCAUUGGCUGUGCUUUGUGUUGUAACAAUGCAUGGAGAUAUUACUGAGGAAAUACCUGGAGG